CGGAAUACAGGUGUUAAAAGAAAUAACAGACUCCGGGUUUCGCUCGAACAACUGAAAGGGUUACGUCACCGGUAUGGGUGAGGUAGAUCACGUGACCCAACGCGUUUCACCUGCAGACCGAGAGGCGCAAGACAGGUGUGUUUGCCAGGGAUCUAGAGGAUUCUACAACUAAGACCAAAACCCAUGUCAGCAGGAAACGGCUCAUCGUACCACUUUGAUCGGGUCAGAGAAUUACCAUACUAUGACCAAGUGCCACUGGACGAUGGAGUCCCAUACCCCUUCGAGGGGUCCAUGUCAGCUUUCAGCGAUGAACCCUUACCACCCCCUCCACUUCCGGUCCAUGCACCUGUGGGGCCAGACCUCUACCCCAGCGACGCAGAGGACCAGCAGGACCAGGCCAUGGACAUCAAACCGGUGCGCCGCUUCAUCCCAGACUCCGUGAAGAACUUCUUUCGGGGAAACAGCUUCCGAAGCAGCAAGAGCCAGAACUCCUUUCCACCACCUCCAUCUGAAAAGCUCAACUCCACUACAGGAGGGGUGCCAUGCUCCCCUCCCCACUCCCGUCCUUCUUCACCUGGAGCCCCCAGCUCUUAUACCGACCCAUAUGGAGGAUCUGGGGGCAGCUACGCAUCAAGAAAAGAGCAGGCGGCUCUCCUGGGGGAAGCACUGGAAUCGAUUUCAGGCCGCUCAGCACAGACCGCCAAGACAUACAGCGAGAAGGUGGAAGAGUACAAUGAGAGAUAUGCCUACAUGAAGUCAUGGGCAGGGCUUCUGCGCAUCCUUGGUUGCGUAGAGCUGCUGCUGGGUGCAGCUAUUUUUGCUUGCGUCUGUGCCUAUGUGCACAAGGAUAAUGAGUGGUACAACAUGUUCGGGUACACCCAACAGACCAUCUAUGGGGGGGGUUAUGGAGGCUCAAUGGGAGGGAUGUACGGUGGGUAUGGGGUCGACUACAAUGGGCCCAAGACUCCUUUCAUCCUAGUGGUGGCUGGCUUGGCCUGGAUCGGAACAGUCAUUAUGCUUGUCUUGGGCAUGACCAUGUACUACCGGACUAUCUUGCUGGACUCCAGCUGGUGGCCCUUGACAGAGUGCAUUAUAAAUGUGGUGCUGGGAGCUCUGUAUCUUGCAGCAUCUAUCGUAUACGUUCGGGACACUCUUCGAGGGGGGCUCUGUUACUACCCGCACUUCAAUAACGGCCCCAAUGCUGCCUUCUGCCGGACAGAGGCCGGACAGACGGCAGCCAUCGUCUUCCUGUUCAUCACUACUUUGCUGUACCUGGUGGGAGCUGGGGUGUGUAUAAAGCUGUGGCGGCACGAAGCAGCACGUCUUCGGCGGGAGGCACUUGAACAAGAGAUGAGGACAGUCGUUUCAGUUCCACUGACCAUGCUUGAGCAGGGUUCCAGCGUCUCAGGACCUGUCUACAAACCCAAGCUGAUGGCCUCUGCAGAGAACCUAGACGGUGCUACACCUGUUCAAAUGCCGAUGAUUGAGCCGGAGUACCUGAGGGGUCACAUCCCUGCUGGACACAUCCCCAAACCGGUGGUCAUCGCAGAUUAUGUAGCAAAAUACCCAACCAUUCGUACUGAUGAGGAAAAAGACCGGUACAAAGCUGUGUUCAAUGACCAGUACGAGGAGUAUAAAGAGCUGCACGCUGAAGUUCAGGCACUGGCAAAGAAGUUCGAGGAGAUGGACAACAUGAUGAUCAACCUACCGGCUCGCCCGUCCAGUCAAAUGGAACAAGAACGCAUCAAUAACAUUGUGCAGGAGUAUCAGAGGAAGAAAAAUGACCCGACGUUCCUGGAGAAGAAGGAAAGAUGUGAAUAUCUGAAGAGCAAACUUUCUCACAUCAAACAGAAAAUCCAGGAAUACGACAAAGUGAUGGACUGGAAUGAUGGAUAUGAUUAAAAUAGUUAACGUUAGUCUCUAAAACGAACUAAAUGAACAUUAAUGCCAUCUAAACCAAUGCCCACGUCCCAUUAUUGAGAUAUUACUGAAAGAGGAUGAUUCUGUUUGAAGAACAAUCUGAUAUUUAGAUCAUGUUCAGUAUAUAAGUAUGAUCUGAUAUUGUUUGUUAAAUGUGAAUAUUUUAGAAGUGUUUAAUCCUGUUUAUUAAUUAUAUCAAACGAGAGCUCUAUGAAUAUGUAUUUAAGUCAAAAUAGUGUUUUUUUUUAAAUGAAGGUUUUAGCUGAGCGUUUCGGGGUAGUGUGAUGUGAUGUGUGUUGUAGAUUUGUAAAAGAAAAAGAAACUGGUGUAGGUUAGGUUUAAAUUGGACGUUCAUGUUUUAUUGUGCAAAGUGCCUUUUUAUAUUUCACCUAUUUGUCUUUUUUAUAUUUUGUAUGUCACAUAUCAGAAAAAGUAAAACCAAAACAUGUGAA